CACACACACACACAGUUCCUAAACUACUGUUAGAAAGUUGGAAGCAAGGACAGAGAAUCAUCUCAAAAAUUCAAGCUGGUACUUGGAUGAGUUUGACCGAAAGGCCGUCCAUGUGGAUACGUGAAGAAGGCGUCAGACGUCAGUUUCUAAACGGACUACAUAGCACGAGCCGUCCUUUCCUCCAUGUCCAGCGCUCUGGGAGACAUGUCUACAACAACCUCUGGCCUCGGGAGUCCGUGGGGUCGUCUUGUUAUUUCUCCUUCGUCAGCAGGGCGGUGUUGUGGGACAGAGGAAGUCAUCAUCACACAGAUGUCGUCCAUAACGAGGAGCCUCGACCUCCAUGUUCACGCUUCGAGGCUCACAUGAGGGCGUGUCCCGGACCGAUCAGACCGCCGUACUUUCCACGCACACACCGUCUACCCAGAUCUCCUGUGAAGAGCCUCCAUGCUCCAAAUCCUCCGAGACAGAGAGAAAUUCAGAAAAAGCAGAACUCCCUGAGACACUUCUCUGUGAUCCUUCCCAGUGUGCCAGCAUCUCCAUAUCCAAGCGUGACUUCUCCAGACCCUGUGCUCUCUCCAACACCGUCUGUCCACUCCGAGUCAAACCCAGAUGAUUUCCCGUCUUUUCAUGUGCACUCUCGGAACUCAGAACACACCACAAUAAAACAGGAAGAUGUUGUAAGUCAUAGAGAUGUUAUUUUGACUGGGCCCUCCUCCCCACAAAUCGACGAUGAGGACUAUGAAGAUCCUAAAGGUGAAGCAGUGGCACCAAUGACAAUGACUCCAGGCACCACAUCAACCCCUAUGACCCCUCUGACACCGAUGACACCGAUGACCCCGGAUUCUCUUUCAGACCUGAGUCGUCCAGCGUCCAGUCAGUUUAGCUUUUCCACCAACCUGAACAGCAGCCUUUCCAGUGCACCUACAGUAAAACAGAGUGAUGACUCUGAAGGGGAUGAAGAGGAUACUGAGGAUGGUGAUGAUAUCAACAGUGAUUUUCUAGAGGCCUGCUCUUCAUCCUUGUCUGAUCUUUGCUUCAGCUCUCUUGAUGGAGUAACCUUGGCUUCCUGCUCCCCCCCAAACAAUACUCAAUCAUCAAUAUUAAAUACCCUGACAUUCCAUAGCCAAGAACCCCAGAGUAGCAGCCAUCUAGAAUCCUUAAAGGAAUCUCCAAUUAUUCAGGUUGAAGACCCCCUAAUAAAGGAAAGCCCGCACCCUAUCCAGCUCACAGAUAUGGGUGAUAGAGGAGGGUCAAGCCUUUAUCCUGCAUAUCUGGAUUCUCAAUCCAGACAGGCAUCUGCUUCUCCGCUGGAUGUUCACUCUGACUGGAAGACCUGCCGCUGGCCUAUACUUCCACCGAUCACACCUCAGCGAGGUAGCCAAGGUUCAAGAGCAUCUCUGAGUUCCCCAAUCAGCUGUUCCCAGUCGGACAUGUUUGCUGAGCUGGAGGCUGCAGCACCUCGGAGUGUUUCUAAUGAGUCCUUGGAUCAUGCUGACUGUAGUGACAUGGAAAUCACCUCACAUACUACAGAGCUGAGUCCAGGUCUGGCCGCUCUAACAGUCGGCUGCGACUCCAGUGACCUGGGUUCUCUGUCCCGCGUGCAACUCCUGUUGAUGGAAAGAGGAGCCCCUGAGGGUCUGGACCCCUCACCAGAUCUGGAAUGGAACAGUCUGACAGAGGAGAGAGGAGAAUGUGAAACUGGGCUUCAAGUGUGGAGCUUGGGCAUUCCCCAGCAUUAUCAGUGCACAGAUCCUUACGUACAGGGGAGCAGCAGUGUGUCUCUAAGCGUGAGGCAUUUUCCAUGCAGACAAGUGGACAUCGGGAGUGGAACUCCAGGGCUUAGCGAUGCUGAAGAUAUCUCCAGAUCUUCCUCAUGGUCUCUCAGCUGUGGUUCGAGUGAACACACGCCCUGUGAAGAACAAGUCAUGGCGCGAUCCAGAGGAAGUGACCUCAUCAGAGACACGCGUCUCCACCUGAGCGCGCAGCCAAUCGAGCAAAAAGUGAAUGAAGGAACUUCACAAAAAGCCACUUAUCUAGGAAGGCGUGAGCGAACUGCCACUGGAGCAUGCAGGGGUCCGAACCAAAUCAAAGACAGGAGAAGAAGGCAUCACAGGAAGAUGCUGGGAGAGAAAGGAGAAGAGCGGAAGUCCAAAGCACUACAAAUUUACUCCAAACUGCGAGAUGGAAACAACCCAAGCGAACCCAGCAAGCUGAGAAGCUGCUCCAGGUUUGAGGAUUAUGAUUUCCUGGCUAAGUACUGCAUUAUCAGUCCUGAGACGCUCGCCGCGUACAGACGAGCUUUCGAAGCCGUGGACAGCGACGGUGAUGGCUAUCUGUCCUGCUUCCAAGUGCUGCUGGCGCUCAAGGAGAUCAUUCCUCCAGAACUGCUGACUGAAGAGGAGGAAAUCUACGUGUACAGGAUUCUAGAGCUGGUUGAUUUCAGCGUCACCGAGGGUUUGACGGAUUUGCGACUCUUCGCCGUUGUUGCCAGUCUGGCUCAGAAAAUAGCCACGCUAGAUGAUUUCAUGCGGUCUCUCAUUAGCAAGCUGGACUUCAAGUCUUUGGAGAUGAAGCUGUACAAAGCGAAGCAGUUGUUCCUGUUCCUGCUGGAGGGUCAGUCCGAGAGCAACGAGGCACCACAGGGUCGCAUCAGUGCCGAACAGCUGCUGGUGGAGCUGAAGGCCGGGGGAAUACGUGAGGAGCACGAGGAAGAGGUCAGGCGUGAACUCCGUAGCCUUCGCUCUCUCGACCUGCUUGACUUCCUCGCUCACUUGCCCCUCUUCAUCCUCAUCCACAACUCGGUCAUUGCCAACCCACUGGAUGACUCCAGCAACCUGUGAUGGAAACACCUGUAGUGGAUAAAUAUCAUGAGUGUUUAUAUGUUCUUUCAUAGUAAAUUCUGUGUGUUAGACUAGGGAGGGAGAACAGGAUGCCCAUGUACCUGCCAUAAACAUUCCAUGUGCUAAAAGGAUGCUGCAGAAAAAUAAAAUUCUUUGC